AAACGUCAAAAUUUUCAACCUACUGUCAAAAGAAAAUUUCGUGUCUCACUUAAAAUUUUCUGAUUCCUUUUGUUUUUUUAAAUAAUUUAAUAAAAAAUUACAAAAUAAAUUGGAAUAUAAUUGAAAACUUCUAACAAAAUGAUGCUUUUUAUGCUUUUAUUUAGCCGACAAGGCAAAUUAAGAUUACAAAAAUGGUAUGGUGCAUAUCCAGAUAAGACAAAGAAGAAGAUUACCAGAGAAUUGGUUACAACAAUUUUGGCAAGGAAGCCAAAAAUGUGCUCAUUCCUUGAAUGGAAAGAUUGUAAAAUUGUUUACAAAAGAUAUGCAAGUUUAUAUUUUUGCUGUGCUAUCGAACAAAAUGACAAUGAACUGCUGACACUCGAAAUAAUUCAUCGAUAUGUUGAAUUGUUGGAUAAAUAUUUUGGAAGUGUCUGUGAAUUGGACAUAAUCUUCAACUUUGAAAAAGCUUACUUCAUACUUGAUGAAUUGUUAAUAGGAGGUGAGAUGCAAGAGACAUCAAAGAAAAAUGUCCUCAAAGCAAUUGCAUCUCAGGAUCUACUUCAAGAGGACUUCAAUGAGUAUCUCAAUUGAUUAGAUAUUCCCGUAGAAGAGAACAGUGUUGAAUCAAAGCUUAAACUCGUUUAAGUUUGAUUAAAAUCACCUAAUUGGCACUCGUUGUAACUAAUUGGAUUCUUUUUUGUUUCUAUUUUAAUUUUUCUUUUAAUUUAUAAAAAUUGUAAUACUUUUAUUAAUAUUUUUAAUUGCCUUGCACUUGUUAGCAAAACAAAAAAUGUAACACACAAUUGUUUCAGGAGUUAUUAAAAAUUGCAAUAACAUUUAAUUGGGUCUAUUUCACAAUAAAGUCAGUUCAGGAUUUCUAAGAUUCCAAAAUUUAUCUCAUUCAAGUUCAUGUUGUUAAAUUGAACUGAUUAAUAUAAAACAAAAGUCACUUACUAGAAAACUAAUGUGUAGAUAAUAUCUACCUUGUGAUUAAAGAAAGAUUAACGUACAAAUUAUUUUAUUGUAUGUAUAUUUUAAAACCAGAAAAGACUGACAGUUGAAUAUGAUAAACUAUAAUAAUAAGAUUAAGGAUGAUGGAUGUGUUGAUCAUGUAUUAUGUGCUGGCCUUUGGAGAAAAACUAUUCCACUGAGGUUGUAUUAGCAAACAAUUUUUUUGAACUAUACAUUUCUACGGAUCUGCCCUGUUAAUAAGUAAAUCGAACAAAUUUUCAAUUUUCACUAUAUAAACUUUAUAGUAUAAAGCGAUUCUCAUUCUCCAAGACCGAGAUUGAGUUUAUUGCAAUGAAAAUCGUAUCAGGUGUAGGUUUGACGUCGAUAACAAAUUCAUUGAAUGUUUUCAUUCACAUAGUGGAAGUCGCUUCCUUAGACCACAUGAAGUGAAAACUAUUUAUUCAUUUCACUUAUUCAAAAAGAACACUGUUGGACAAUGUGCACAAAAUAUGGGAAUAAUGUCGAAUUUCUUUAAAGCACUUGGUUGAAAUUAAAAAACUAGCGAUCUCUUUGUGUGAAGUUACCUGAGUCCAAGUGAUACAUAUGUGAUAUGUUUUUUUGGGUCACUGAAACCGAAUCGGAAGUCAAUUUUACCCCAUCACGUAAGGUUUUCUAGAUAACCUCAAAAAAGAUUUUCGUUUCACGGUCAGUUCUUGACCCUGAUGUAAUCGAGUGAAAUGGAUUCCGUUUCAGCAACCCAAAAAAUAUUCAUUAACAAAGUUUCACUCCCAGUUCAGAAUUUGUUUGUGCGCGGAUGUGACAGCCUAGAAAAUACCCUGUGAUUGGGAAAAAAAAGGGCUGACUUGAGGAUCCGACAAUGUUAAUAUGUAAUUUUUUUUUAUAGCUUAAACCGAAUCCGAAGUCAAUUUCACUCUACCACGUUAGAUCUUCUAGAUAACCUCAAAAAGUUCUCACAGACACCCUGAAACGAAAAUCUUUUUGUAGGUUAUCUCAAAAACCUGACGUGAUGGCGUGAAUUUGAAUUCAGAUUCGGUUUCAGCGACCCAAAACACACAUAAUUUUCAUAGGUCCCAGGUCAGAACUUUUUUUUUGUGUGGCUCUGUUAUUUUCGCCAUAAGCCGUUCUGAAAAAUAAAAAAUGAAUACAAUGAGUCAUAUGUAAAAAAAAAUGAGUUAAAGCUCUUUUCUCACUCUUCAGUACCUUUUUUUUGAGAUCUAUAUCUCAUGACGACGCAAUGUUAGAGAAGUGCCAGAUGCCCUAUAUUAUCGCAAUGUGCAUGUGCAGUGCAUAUUACUCGAAAUACUAUAUCAGCUGCAAAGGAGGUAGGGUUAAAAAUGAAUAUACAAAAGUGUUGUAGUUAUAAAUUGAUUUCAGAAACUAUAGAAACAAAUAUUUUCUCAAAAGCUAAAAUUCAAGAUUCUAGUUUAACUUUUAUUACAUCCUAAGAAUUUGGCUAAGGAAAGCAUCAUUUUGAAAUCAUUAUUUAAUCAUAUUUCAACAUUAGAAUUUUUCAAAAUUUUUGAUAAGCGACAAAACAAAAGAACAAAAUUUGAAAAGCCUUUUAUGAAAAUAAUUUCACUUACCGUGUCAGUUCACUCUUUGGCGUACCAAGUCGAAAGCAGUCAAUGACAAAACAAAUCGACUGUUGUUUUACAAGAAAUGUAAGUUGAAGUAUUUCCAAUUGUUUGUAUGAUUUGCGACUAUUGAGAUUUAUAAAAUAGUAACUUUCGAUCUAUGUAAAUGAUUUGAAACUCGAUUUCUCAAUUCAAUAUCCUCAUUGAAUCGACUAUAAUAUGUCAUACUGAAAAAUUAAAGAAUGAUAGGCCAUCUACUUGUCCAAUUGUAUACAAACAAAAUUCGUGGAGAUAUCAGAACGAACUAGUAGAACGAAAUCUAAGAAAAUCUAACCUUUUUGCAAUUUUUUAACUCUUGAAACAAAACAAAAAAAACAAUAUUUUAUCAAAACCAACAGUAAAAAAUAAUAAAUUAAUUAAACAAAAUUUUAACUGCUGAGCUUCUUUUUAUACGGGAUGAACUGUGCAAUAUCACUUAAUUUUGAAAAUCUUUUUCAAAAAGAA